AAACAAUCGAGGUUAAAGGUCGAAUGAUAAUAUUUUGCGAUUUACACAAUAAAAGUUACAUGUUGUUACGAGUUUAUGGGAGACUCCCCCCAUGCUGCUGCUGCCCUUUUUUUGUAAGCAUUAUAAUUUAAUAUCGUAAAAAUGGCGUGGACAAACUACCAGAAAUUAUUAGCCCUAGUAAUGGUCGUCACUGGUAGUAUAAAUACUUUAAGUACCAAGUGGGCCGAUGAUAUUAAAUCAGUUGGAAGAGAUGGAGUGGAGAAACCGUUCAAUCACCCUUUCUUCCAAGCUAGCACUAUGUUCCUAGGGGAAUUAGCUUGCCUUUUAACAUUUAAAAUAUUGUAUAGAUACUACAGCAGUAAAGCAGACGGUACGGAAGACGUUAACGAAUUGACUAAAGGAAGCAGAACUUUCAACCCUUUAAUCCUCUUCGUACCAGCCAUGUGCGACAUGACGGCCACUUCCAUCAUGUACAUAGGACUUAAUUUAACUUAUGCAUCGAGUUUUCAGAUGUUCCGAGGCUCCGUUAUCAUUUUCGUGGGUUUACUGAGCUCGGGAUUCUUAGGACGCGUCAUAAACAAGAGACAAUGGAGCGGCAUAUUCUUUGUGAUAUUAGGGCUGUUUGUAGUAGGCAUAGGCGAUUUUAUUUAUAAAGGAACCGACAAUAAAUCCAGAAACGAUAUAAUUACGGGUGAUAUGUUAAUUGUGAUAGCUCAGAUAAUCCAAUCGAUUCAAAUGGUGGUGGAGGAGAAGUUUGUGGCCGGGCAAAAUAUUCCGUCGUUGCAAGCGGUCGGUUGGGAAGGUCUUUUCGGUUUCGUUGUGUUAGGGUUGCUUCAAAUUCCGUUUUACUUUAUAAGGGCGGGUCCCCCGGUGACGGUGCACCCGGGCGAUCGAUUGGAAGAUCCCAUCGAUGCUUUCGUGCAAAUCGGGCACAGCUGGAGAUUGACAUUGGCCGUUUUAGGUACGGUUUUCUCGAUUGCGUUCUUUAACUUUUCGGGAAUCAGCGUUACCAAGGAAUUGUCGGCCACCACUCGAAUGGUCUUGGACAGCGUAAGGACUAUAGUGAUUUGGAUUUUUAGUUUGGCCUUCUUCGGACAAGUUUUCCACUGGCUGCAUCUUUUGGGGUACGUGCUUCUAUUGUUCGGCAUGUCAUUGUACAACGGUAUUACGUGCAGAAAUGUUAUAAUAAAAAUCAAGACUUUAAUAAAUAGCAGAAUGUACAGUAGAGUAGAAGACGAUAGUAUUAUCAAUAGGAACGCUGACGAUACGGAACCUUGAAAUAGAGAUCUGGGAAUAUAACGAUUUUUUUUCAUGUAUUGUUAAGGUUUAAACUCGCAAAUGAAUAUCAAUAGGAAAUACUUAUAUAUCAUCGAGAUGGACUGACAUUUAUUUUGUUUAUAAUGUGAUUUAUUUUAAUUUAUAAUGAUUAUUCAUUAAUUUUAGUAACAAUUGUUUAAAGUAAUAUUUUACGACAUUAAAAAAUUUAUUUACACUUUAGUCUACCGAAAUUAGGAGAAAAUCUUCUCCAGCUCAUCCGGCGUUUUAUGAAAUAUCACAUGGGGAUUUUCGUAUUUAUUCACAGGAUCCAAAACCGCUUGGUAGAGUUGCUUGUAAAUAGCCAGUAGCACGUCAAACGACCGCUUCUGCACAGACUUUUUAUGCUUCGAAGACGUCAACAAGUGAAUCUGUUGCAACAGAGCACCGUCCGGAUGCGAAGCAAGAUAAUCCAUUUUCUCCUAAAACCACACACAAACCAUUCAAACAACCCACAAACGACCCAUCUAUCGAAUUACCAAAAAAUUCCUGAGAUUACUCGGCUCCAUUCCGGGCACCUCGGACAACGCCCCGUGGCUCUGGUCCUGCAGGAUCGUGUAAAUCGGGCCGAGAUUCAAGUUGGCCACCAGCGAACUGGCCUGUUCGGACGUCAGCGUGUCGAUCUGGGCGUCCGAUUGGGCCUCCAAGCGCUCCAACCGCUCGUCCAUGAACUCGUACAGCGACAGGCACGUGUACAUCUCGUACAUGCAGUUCAGCAUGUACACCGCCAUGUCGGUCGGGGGCAACCGGGCGGCCUGCUCGUUCACGGCCCUCAACAGCGGCACCAUCACCGUCUGAGCUAUCUGAAGAUAGGUGAUCAACGAUAGCCUAAUACAAGUAAUCGAUCUGUACCUUCACCAUGUCGGUUUCUCUGCCUUCGCUCAUGUUAGCAGUGGAUAAAAUAUCUCUUAAUACAGCCAGUAGAUUCGUAACGGCGGAUGUUGGGGAUAAAUCGCGAGGCGGAGCUUCGACUCUGACCAAUUUACUAUCGACUUGAGUUUGUAAUGUAGUUAAAAAUGCUUUUUCUGAAUUAUCCUGUAGCUGUUGUAGAGUCUCCUGGAUCAAUCCUCUAUUAACUAUCUAUUAAAAUACAACUCAUUACAACGAGUAAUACAGAAUGAUUCGUUCAUAAUACCUUGCAAAUGCAUUUUUUGUAGUAUCGCAGCAAAUUCACGAUCGAAUACAACACCGAAGCUUGCGAUGGAACGCUAAUAAUUUUCUCGACUCUCAUCUUCAAAGGCUGGCAAACGCCUUCGCAGAUUACAGCUAGCGAGUUCGCGAUGGUUUCGUUUAAAUCUGGAAAAAUAUCGAGUUGAUUUGCGAUAAAUUCUAACGAAAAAUUCAUCUCUACUAGCCGUUUUUAGUGCAAAGUUUAAGCAAAGUGCACAAGUUCUGCUUCUCCGCAGCCGUUGCUUUGUUCAACCACACCAGCAUAUCCGUAAUGUAUAUUUGGGAAUCGUGGGCUCUCAUUUCGAUCGGUGCGGGGUUCCCCGAGGGGCCGCCUCUUGUUAGAGCAUUUAUAAAGUCAUCGGUGAUUUUACUUCUUCUACAUAUGCAAUACUCGUCGAUUAC